AUGAACGCAAGACCCGCCCUCCAGGAGGCUCCGCCCCUGCGCCGGCGGUUGCUAGGCGGCAAGAAAGCGCCGGCUCUGUGUGGGCGGUACGCGGAGGCGCGAGGAGGGAGGUGCCCGGCGUCGCGCGGCUCUGGGAAACUGCCUCAGCAGCCGCGAAACUGCCUUCGCCGCCGCGAUUGGGCGCCCAGCGGCGUGGGCUGGCAUUUCUAUUACUUCAUUGGAGGGAAAAUGAAUCGUUCUUCAAAUGCAACACUUAAAGGUAUUCUGAAAUCAGAUACUAGGACCUCAGGAAAAGCUCACAGAGUACAUUUCACAAGUGUACGAACCACAGGAUCAUCAUUACCAUCAAAGGUUCAAGAUAUUGCAGCUCGAAUAAUACAGAGGGCUUGGUUAGCUUAUAUAAACAAAAUGAUAUUUCAACUCCUAAAAUGUGCAAUUUGUGCAGCGGAAUUCUUUGUGACACAUGAGAUACUGAAGAAAGUGACCCCCUUAGAGGCUAAACUUCUUAAAGAUCCUACCAUGAAGUGUAAAAUUAGAUUUAGAUUUAGAGGCGAAACAUUUCCACCUUUCAUCGUGUUUAAAAUUUUUCUUCAUACUGAAGGCCAUGGUUAUAAGUACUUCAGCGGAAAAAAUGUAUUCGGGCCAUCAAGUGAGGCAGCAGUUGAUGCUUGCAAACUAAUGGGUGAAAAGAAAUUUCACCGUAUAAUUAUGGAAGAUAAACGUAUUUUCUGGAACUCCAAAAUAACUGAUAUAAGGGAUGUUGUCACCAUGCAAGAUUAUAUGCAAUAUCGCAGUUUUCUGGAUGAGGCCCCAGCGUCUUUUGGUGGCAGAAAUAACAGCUGGCGAAAAUUAAACCUUGAGAACAUUCCCAAGUCAAUGCUAAUAUAUGACAUAGUUCACUAUUCAGAGUCUGGAGUAAUCUCAACCCGUCUACGAAACGAAAUGAAGUUUCUGUCACGGAGACCAGUAACAGAAGAGAUGCAUAAGCAGCAGUUACAGAUUGUUUCUGAAAUUAGGUCUCUACCACCUUUAAAUAUCCGACCUCCAUAUCAGCCCUAUAAACAGCAAAAUCAAGUUAAAUAUCUGGGUCGUCGAUCCAAGCAAGCUCUAAUGAAAGUUGAAAAAAUGAGAAAAGCUUAUUUGGCUAAAGAAGAAAAUGCUUCUGAGGCAACCGAACCGAAAAUGGACACCUCAGGUGCAAAGGAUAAUUUUCAUCUCCACUCCAGUUUUUGACAUUGUGAAAACUAAGGAAUCUACAUCAGAAAGUCAACUGAAAAAAGAAAAAAAGGACUUACUUUUCUGGUAUCAAAAUUUGGCAGCUGAUAAUUCUCCAUCAUGAUAAUGCACAGCUAAAUGACAGAAAACCCAAGUUGUUUAACAAUCUGCUUGUCUGUCUAUAAAUGAUGCAUAUGAGUAAUAAAGGAAAAUAACA